AUGCCGCGUGUGCCCUACGUCUUCCCCGCCGCAGGCAGCGACCCCAUCGCCGACGCCAUCCGCGCCCGCCGCGGCGCGCGCGGCCUCACGUCGCUCGACGGCAUGCUCCUCAACGCGCCGCCGAUUGCCGACGGCUGGAACCGCCUGCUGGGCGCCGUGCGCACGGGAAGCUCGCUCGAGGGCGACGUGCGCGAGCUCAUGAUCCUCCGUGUGGCCGCGCGCAACCGCGCCGCGUUCGAGUGGAUCCAGCACGAGAUCGUCGGGCGCCAGGCAGGCCUGACGACGGAGCAGCUGACGCGCAUCGGCGACCUGCGCAAGCCGGCCACGCCGCUCACCUCGGGCACCGGCGCCCUCUCGCCGCUGCAGGCCGCCGCACUGGCGCUCGCCGACUCGAUGACUGCGCAGGUGCACGUCUCGGACGCCACGUUUGCCGCGUUUGGCGAGGCGCUCAAGGCCGAGGGCGCCGACGAGGCCGUCGUGCGCCAGAAGACCGUCGAGGCCGUGGCGACGACGGCGACGUACAACAUGGUCAGCCGCUUCCUCGUCGCGCUCGACAUUGACGACAAGGCCAACAUGCCCGUGCCCGUGCCCGGCUUCUCUGAGGACGAUGCUGCGCCCGUCGCGGACCCGGCGCGCGGCCUCGUGCAGGUGCUUGGCGACGGCGGCUGUGUGCUGGCGACGCGCGUCACGUUCCACUCGAUGCGUGCGCCGUGGGUCGUGCUCAUCAACUCGCUCAUGACGAACCUGACAAUGUGGGACCCCGUGCUCUCCAAGCUCGCCACGGCCGGCUACAACGUGCUGAGCUACGACCAGCGCGGCCACGGCGCCUCGGCCGUGCCGGCGCAGCCCUGCACCGUCGCCACGCUCGCCGACGACGUCGCCGAGCUGAUGGCGGCGCUCGAGAUUCCGCGCGCGCACGCCGUGAUCGGCGUCAGCCAGGGCGGCGCCACGGCGCUCGCCUUUGCCGUGCGGCACCCGGAGCUGGCCGAGCGCAUCGUGGCGUGCGACACGCAGCCGGCCAGCCCGGCAGCCAACGCGGCCGCGUGGGACGAGCGCAUUGCGCUGGCCAAGGAGAAGGGCAUGGCGGCGCUCGCCGACGUGACGGUGCCGCGCUGGUUCGCCGCCGGCAGCGCCAUCACGGAGGACGUGCGCGCCUCGACGCACGAGAUGGUCGCGCGCACCAAGGUCGCCGGCUUCGAGGCGGGCGCGCGGGCACUGCAGAGCUACGACCUGCUGGCGCAGGGCCUCGUCGAGAAGCUCGCCGCCACGCGCUCGCUGCUCGUCGCCGGCGAGCUCGACGGCAAGCUGCCAGAGGUGCUCGCUAGCCUGCACAAGGACGUGGCGGCCAAGGCCGCCGAGCGCGCCAGCUUUGCCAGUAUCCCGGCCGCGGGACACCUGCCCAUGCUCGACAACCCCGACGCAUGGUGGGCCGUCGUGGGCCCCUGGCUCCAGACAGCAUGA